GAUCCUGCCCUCAUCUCUUGCCGCAGCCGUGACAGUGACCCCGAAACUGGGCUUGCGGCCCUCGGCUUCACUGCCCCGAUGUAUCCCCACGCGUGCCAAGCUGGGGUGCUGGUGCUGCGCCUGCUGCCCGUGUGACCCCAAGUUGCUUGCUGCUGCGCGCUGCUCUCUCCAUCCUUGUCUCUCGUUUAAUUUCUCUGUUGCCAGAGCCGCUGAUUCAUGAUUUCCUACUCACCUUGCCAGACCCAGGUUGCACGGUCCUUGCUUUGUGAAAACAGGCCCUCUCUUCGAGCACUCGCCUGUUAGUCCCGUCUUCUGUGGCGUACGUGCGUUCGUUCACCCAUGAGCCACUACUAAAGGGCUCUCCAAGAAGUUCAUGGAAAGCGUGUAUCGUGAAAAAUUAUACACAGAUUUCAAAAUCGUUUGGACCAGACUAAACACAUCUGUGAUCCAUUCUCUGUGUGUUCUUUGAAGUGCUGUUGUAUGGGCAAGACCUGGUGCUGGGUACAGGUUACAGGCGUGCGUGCUGGUUUCUGAGAUGAACUUCGCGGGUAUCUGAUUUUGUUACUAGUAGAGCAGUCGUUACGCGGUUGCAUGUGGAACUACUUGAUGCCGACAGUGUCCUCUUCGUCUGUACAUCAACAGCACUUCUGUUACUACAGCAACGUCUAAAGAAAGUACAGUUUUCUUACAUCUUUGGUACAUUUCUUUUCAGAAGUUGAGCUUUUUGUGUGUGUCUGUUUUUCAGUGAUGAGCAUAUAGGAUAGACAGCUUUUGGGGCCCUUUGCCCUCUCAGAGUGAUGAUUCUUCCGGUCAUCCAGCAUGCAUCUGAGUGCUUACUCUACCAGCACAACUUGAGGUGCACAUGGGUCUUUGAACAACUUGACCCCUGAGACCUAUGAGCGCUAUGUUGGAAUGAAAACCAAUAAUGGUAGCUAACAUUGUUCUGUGUUUGUACUUGAUGUUUUAUUUUAACUCAGCCAGCCCACCCCCAUGGUGCUCAGUCAGUUCUCACAGCCAGCACGUUGGAGUGAACUGUGCUGAAAAGUUUUUCACUAGUCGCUUGGUUCUUUCAUCAGGAAGUAGUUUCAGGAGAUGGUAGAAAUGAUUGAGAAAAGCCAGAUAUAGGCACAGUUUGUGGCUAAUGUAUUCUAAAGAGUGCAACAUCACUGCUUCCUGGUGGCUGAGGAUAACCCCGAUAAUUGAGGAGGUUGCUGAGUGUGUGUUGGGGAUGAUCAAAGAAGACUGAAUGCUGACACGAGUUCCAGGUCAAGAGAUUCUGGUUUGCUAAGAAGUGGACACAAUGGACCAGAACAGCAGCCUGCCCCCGUAUGCUCAGGGCUUGGCCUCCCCUCAGGGCGCCAUGACUCCUGGGAUCCCCAUCUUUAGUCCCAUGAUGCCUUACGGCACAGGACUGACACCGCAGCCUAUUCAGAACACCAAUAGUCUGUCUAUCUUGGAAGAACAACAAAGGCAGCAGCAGCAGCAGCAACAGCAGCAGCAGCAGCAGCAGCAGCAACAACAACAACAACAGGCUGUGGCAGCCGCUGCGGCUGCGGUUCAGCAGUCUACAUCCCAGCAGGCGGCGCAGGGGGUCUCAGGCCAGACACCACAGCUCUUCCAUUCACAGACUCUUACAACCGCACCCUUGCCGGGCACCACUCCCCUCUACCCUUCCCCCAUGACCCCCAUGACCCCUAUUACUCCUGCCACACCGGCCUCGGAGAGCUCUGGGAUUGUACCACAGCUGCAAAAUAUUGUAUCCACAGUGAAUCUUGGUUGUAAACUUGACCUAAAGACCAUUGCACUUCGUGCCCGAAAUGCUGAAUAUAAUCCCAAGCGGUUUGCUGCUGUAAUCAUGAGAAUAAGAGAGCCACGAACCACAGCGCUGAUUUUCAGUUCUGGGAAAAUGGUGUGCACAGGAGCCAAGAGUGAAGAACAGUCUAGACUAGCAGCAAGAAAAUAUGCCAGAGUUGUGCAGAAGCUGGGUUUUCCAGCUAAGUUCUUGGACUUCAAGAUUCAGAACAUGGUGGGGAGCUGUGACGUGAAGUUCCCCAUACGGCUGGAAGGCCUGGUGCUCACCCACCAGCAGUUCAGCAGUUAUGAGCCAGAGUUAUUUCCUGGUUUAAUCUACAGAAUGAUCAAACCCAGAAUCGUUCUCCUUAUUUUUGUUUCUGGGAAAGUUGUAUUAACAGGUGCUAAAGUCAGAGCAGAAAUCUAUGAAGCAUUUGAAAACAUCUACCCUAUUCUAAAGGGAUUCCGGAAGACGACGUAAUAGCUGUCAUGUACUUCUGCCUCCCCUACCCACAUGUUUUUUAAAGAAAUCAGUUUGGUACCUUUCAAUGGUGGUGUUGAGAAGAUGGAGGUUCAGUUGCAGGUCACGGCACCAGGCGAUGCUCUUUCGAGUGUGUCCCGCCAGGGGCCCUGGGAGGGCAUUGUUUCUGCACUGAGAACACCACGCAGCAUUACUGUGAGUUGCUCCUACUGUGCUGCUAUCCGGGCAGUGCUGCCCGUUUAUUUAUAUUUAGGUUUUAAACACUGCUGUUGACAAGUUGGUUUAAGAGACAAAACUUUUAAGUGUUAAAGCCACCUGUAUAAUUGAUUGGACUUUUUAUUUUGUUUAAUUUUUCCCCAUAAACCAGUUUUUAUAUUUCUACCAGGAAAGUAAAAAUCUUUUUUAAAAGUGUUGUUUUUCUAAUUUGUAACUCCUAGGGGUUAUUUUUGUGCCAGACACAUUCCGCCUUUCCAGUAUUGCAGGACAGAAUGAAUAGAUAUAUUAAUGAAAACAAAUGGCUGUACAUAUUGUUCUUUCUUCAGAGUACUCUGUACAAUAAAUGCAGUUUAUAAAAGUG